AUGGCGGUUAAUCGUUCAACUUCCGACGGAGAUCUCGGACUCGCAACAUCUUCAGCCAUGGGGCAGCUCACCUUGAGUGAGUACACAAAGAAUGAUAUUCUGAAUCAAGAGAAAGAUGAACACCUCGCGACAAAAUGGGAAAUUUGGGCUUAUUACAGUUUCUUCUAUUUACUGACGGACAUAGACUUUGCUCCCACCGCGUUCCAGAAUCUUCUCUACCAAGCGGCAGGAGAUGCAGAUGGACUUGUUUUUGCGGGGAAACGCCGUUCAGUCGAUAGCAUCGUUCUUCUAUGUAACGGGAUAUCUUUUUCCAUUCAAAUUCUGGUAUUCCUAGUGAUAGGAAGCUUCGCAGACCUUGGGAACUGGCGCCCAAACAUCCUGAUCGUUUUCUCAGUCAUCGCCUACGCCGUAGGCUUCGCUUGGCUAGGCGUUCACACAGAAGACAAAUGGCGGACAGGUGUUGGGCUCUAUAUUGUUGGGCUUAUUACCUAUCAAACCACACUCACCUUCUGGACCGCUGCAUUUCCAUCACUUGCGCGUAACAGCGCCGAGAUGAGAAAAAAAGCCGAUGAACUUACCCAUGGGGUCAUCUCUCGUGAAGAAUACGAUUGCGCUGAUACAAUGAUGAGAAGUCAGCUUGCGAACAUUGCGUUCUACAUUCAAUCACUUGCGGAGAUCCUCAUCCUGGCUAUCAUUGUUGGCAUUAUGUUCGGAGUUGGUGUCAAUGCAAGUGACGCAAGGAACAGCUGGGGCUUAAGUGUGCUCAUAGCUUUUGCUAGUGGUGUCUGGCUGAUUGUCUCGUUGCCGUGGUUCUUUCUUGAGAAGCGACGACCGGGUCAAGAUCCUGGCUCUAGGAAUAUCAUAAUGGCAGGCUUGUCCCAGCUCUACUUCACAAUGAGGCAGGUGUGGAAGCUGAAGCAGAGCUUGCUUUACCUGGUUGUCACUGUCAUUUCGACCCUCCAGAACAGUUUGGUGGCAUACAACACAUUACAGUUGACAUAUCUUUUGAUUGUCGGGAUUGCAGCUCAGACUGUUGGAAUUUACCUCUUCUGGAGCGUUCAACGACGAUAUAAGCUCGACACAAAGACAAUGUUCAACGCCAUCGCAGUCAGUAUCACUCUGCUUGACGGUUGGGGCAUGAUAGGAAUUUGGACUGACAAGUUUGGCUUUCAUCAUGUGUGGGAAGUAUGGGUCUAUCAGGCUUUCUAUGGCCUGUUUAUAUGCCCGUGGUAUAGUUACUCGCAGAUUAUGAUCUCAGAGGUUACACCUCGGGGAUACGAAUACCUUUUCUUCAGUUUAUUCAGUAUUGUUGGAAAGACAUCCUCGUUUAUUGGGCCUCUUGUGUCUAGUGCUAUUAUUGAUGCUACGCCCACCGGCAACUCUUCUUCACCAUUCUAUUUUCUAUUUGCGCUGAGCAUUUUGGGCUUCGGAAUCCUGGUUGUUGGGGUGGACCUCAAGAAGAGUCGCCAGGAGCAAGAUCAGUUCCUCAAGAGAAAUAGCCGGAGCGAAGUGGAAGGACACGCCUACGUGCGUGAGUAG